AUGCUUGAGCGGAGCAAGUGCGCUGAGAUCGUGAAGGACCGGUUCUACUGGGUGUCCGACGCGAGUCACCCCCGCAACGUCAAGAACAGUUUCUACUUCAACAUCGACUCCGAACUGGUCUACGAGCCCUUCUUCGCAGACUUCGGGCCGUUGAACCUCGCCAAAAUAUAUAAGUAUGUCACCGAGCUGCACAAGGUGCUCAGCCGCGAGGACUACAAGUCCAGUAUCAUCUACCACUGCACUUCCCUUAACGCCGCCAAGCGGGCCAAUGCUGCUCUCCUGUGCUGCGCCUAUCAGGUCAUCUACCUGGGCCGCCGUUCUGACGAGGCCCUUGCUCGCUUCCGGAAUAUCGAGCCGGCCUUCGUCCCCUUCCGUGAUGCCCUCCAGGGCCCCUGCUCGUACGAAUGCACGAUCUAGCACUGCCUUAAGGGCCUUGAGUGCGCCAUGCGCCUGGGAUGGUUUUCUAUAGCCAGCUUCAACUUGCAGGAAUACGAGUUCUAUGAGCGAGUCGAGAACGGAGACCUGAACUGGAUCAUCCCCCGGAAGUUCAUCGCAUUCAGCUCGCCUGCGGACCGUGAAAAAGACUCCGAAGGAGUACGACCUUACCAGAACCGGCUUUUCACACCACGAGACUACAUCCCCAUCUUCAAGAAGCUCGGGGCGGGGACCAUCAUCAGACUGAACACCAAGACCUACAACGCCAAAGACUUCAAAGACGCAGGGAUCGCCCACCACGACCUGUUCUUCCAGGAUGGCACGACCCCCUCCUUCGAUAUUGUCACCCAGUUCCUUAAGAUCUGUGAGGCGGAGCCAGGCGCGGUCGCGGUGCACUGCAAGGCGGGGUUGGGCAGGACUGGCACUCUGAUCGGUUGCUACGCUAUGAAGCACUAUCGGUUCGACCCUGCCCUCCUCAUCGGCUGGAUCCGCCUCUGCAGGCCCGGCUCCAUCCUCGGCCCGCAACAGCACUACCUCAGCGAGAUGAGCAAGCGCAUGUACGAGCUCGGCACAGACUCGCCAAUCUACAAGGGACUGCGGGACAAAGGCAUGGAGAAGGAGCUUGCUGAGCUGACCUCGCAAAUGGCGGGACUCGGCAUUUCCAAGCGAGAGGCGCUUGACCACGACAGGAAGAUCGAGCGGGAGGGCGAUAAAGGACAGGGCUCACGGCUGGUCGGCUCUAAGCUCAGGAACCAGAAGAAAGAUGAGCCUUGA